GGGAGCAUGAGUUCUGACCGAGAGGAGUAUGACAUGGUCUGUCAGAAAGCUGUAACCCUAAUUGUUGACCUUUGCCUGCACAACAGCUCACUGUUGGAUCAAGACACCUGUAAGGAUUACCUCUUCCUGUUGUCCAGCCACAGCUCUGACCGCAAAGAACUGGGCGCUUCUUUUGGCCUCUUCCUCGGCGUGUUCGUGGUCUGCGGCCUGGCUCUGCUGGGCCUUCUUACAUUCAUCUCUUGGAAGCGGUGCCGUGUGCCUCGGCGAACAAAGGCCCAUUUCCCCAGUCCGUCCCUCACCCCGGCCUGUGACCCAGAGGACCGCUCGCUCCGGUCACCUCUCCGUCUGCCCAGCCCCCAGCAGCCACCGGUGGUCACCAUGGCGACAGAGAAGGUGAAGGACCCCAUGGGUUCAAUGGGUUUCCUGGAGGCAGCUGUAAAGAUAAGCCAUACAUCUCCCGACAUCCCCACCGAUGUGCAGCUCUCCAUGAGGGAGCACUUCCUGCGCCGCACGCAACGCAUGCAGAGGCAAACCACUGAGCCGGCUUCCUCCACUCGGCACAAUUCCUUCAAAAGGCAGAUGCAGGUAUGCAGUCUAGACCUGGGAAAUGACUACGUAGUCGACGAUGAAAAGUCAACCAGCAUCGGCCGUAUUCAGCCAGAGCUCUACCAACAGAAGGCCCUCGAAUCAGAGGAUUCAUCCAAGAACGGCAGCAGCAAAAACUGUGGCAGGAUUAACUUCUCUCUGAAGUACGACUACGAAAACGAGGCCCUCAUAGUCAACAUUCUCAGGGCAGCAGACCUACCUGCCAAGGACUUAUGUGGCACUUCUGACCCUUACGUGAAGGUCUACCUGCUGCCCGACCGCAAAAAGUUCCAGACUCGCGUCCACCGGAAGACGCUCAACCCCACAUUCGAUGAGAGUUUCCAGUUUCCUGUGCCUUACGAUGAGCUAGCGGUCAGGAAGCUCCAUAUGAGCGUCUUUGACUUUGACCGGUUUUCAAGGCAUGAUAUGAUCGGUGAGGUGGUGCUGGACAACUUGUUUGAGACAUCGGACCUCUCCAGGGAGACGAACAUAUGGAGGGAAAUCCAAUAUGCCACCAGUGAAAGUGUUGAUCUUGGGGAGGUCAUGUUCUCACUAUGCUACCUGCCCACCGCAGGCAGACUCACACUUACUGUCAUCAAGUGCAGGAACCUCAAGGCCAUGGACAUCACUGGAUACUCAGAUCCCUACGUCAAGGUGUCGCUCAUAUGUGACGGGAGACGUUUGAAAAAGAAGAAGACGAGCAUAAAAAAGAACACUCUGAAUCCCACCUACAAUGAGGCCAUCAUCUUUGACAUCCCGCCAGACAGUAUGGACCAUGUCAGCCUGCACAUCUCUGUCAUGGACUACGACUUGGUAGGUCAUAAUGAGAUCAUUGGUGUGAUGAGGGUUGGCUGCCAUGCCGAGGGACUUGGCAGGGACCACUGGAACGAAAUGCUGGCUUAUCCACGCAAGCCCAUUGCUCACUGGCACCCCCUGCUGGAGUCCAAGAAGUCUGAGAAGGAGUGGAAGGCGAGGACAGCCAGCUUUGACAGCCAAGGCUCAUGCCCUUCACCCAGGCCCCCUGCUAGUCCCUGAGCAGAGCCACCUGUGACCCAGCAGCCCAGAAGGGGGUUUCCUCCCUCCUGCUGAUCCACUUCCUGUCUGUCUGAUUGAGCAGAACACAACCCCACUGUCACUCCCUCUCUCUCUCACUAUCCCUCCCUUCCCAGAGCACUCCCAGGAACUGAUCUAGGACCACAGUCAAGUCAGUUAGUUGUGCUAAGUGCAGUCUUUUGGGGUUUCAGGGUUUGAAAUGUGGGUGUUGUGAUGAACCAGAGCUGCCAUUGUUGUCCUCAGAAGAGAUUGGCUGGACAUCCAGUAUGCAGACACUUCAAAUUGAGCUGUCCGAGCUGAGUUGAACGAAUCUUGGUGUUCUCAUGUGGAGACGCUGAAGAUUUAGCUUUUUGCCGCAGAGACUCUUUGUUAGAAUGACUUGGACAUCAGAUAUUGCUCCACGAGAGCAGCAGAAGUUUCACAGCGGAGGCAACAUCUGGGGUAGAAAAAGAGACUUAAACUGGAUCUGAAGCAAUUUCAAAUCUCUCCAGCUUUCUCUUAUUGAAUUUUAAAGCUGCUGUAUUAGCAGAAAAAAACCCAAUACUGAACUGUAGCAUUUUGGAACUAUUAGAUGUAAAACCACUCCAUUCGUCGUUAUUGUUUAUGAACAGCAAAACUGAAAUGAAUUUCAAAGCUCCGCCUGAGUUCACUCUACUUCCUGUGUCAUCAAGAACAUAAGCAAUUAUCUGAUCCGAAGCUCACUGAGGUGAGGUUGGAUCAGCAGAAACUAAAAUAUUCUCAUCUAGACAAUUUGCAACUUUAGUGUGAUUUCUCGAGCAGCCAAGACAAGUAGUUGUAUGUAAAGAGAAAUGAAUAACAAAAUUAUUGGUAUUCACAUGAGAGCAAAUUGAGUGCAGUGUUAAGGUGUACAAGUUUAAUCACCUGAUAAAGGCACAAAUGGUCAUUGAACACCAACUAUAAAGAAAGGGUUAAAAAAAACAUUAACAGAAACAAGCUUUUUCUCAAUGGAGCUCUGUAAACAGGGAACCUGUGAGCACACUUAACGCACCCUUACCUCUUUCUCUGUUUCAUGUUUGCUUUGGCGCAAUCUCACGCUUUUCUUCCAAAUGAAAGCAGACAAACACUGUUCAAAAGCACUUCUUUGUCUCUCUAGUUCUUUUUUUGUCAAUAGGUUUUGAUGGAUGUCUAUAGUUUCAUGUACAGACGUCUGCCGGUUACUGUAUGUAUGUUUUGUUUUUCGAAGCAGAAAAGCAGAAAAUAUAUUAAAAGGAAAAAAAAAAAAAAAGAGUACCGACAUUUUGAAUAUAUUUAGCUUUGUUGGUGGUGAUUAUUGAGAAUAACCUAAACUCUGAAAAAGGUGAACAUAUUCGUCUUUUGAACUUCGAAACAUGCAACUUUCUUGAUGUUUAUGUCAUUAAUCAUACUGUUGCCAGCAAUAUGUGGAUAAUAGAUUUUUUUUUUGUAGAUAUUUGAUGUGAUUAAGAAAAAGACUGCAGCACCGCUGUUGUAUCAUCUUGCACCAGUAUAAUUCCUCUAUGCUGGUGCAGGAUCGGGUCCCUGCAUAAUAUUUGCUCUCUUUACAAUAAUUAGAAGUUUUAAUAAAGUAUAAUAUGCACAAAAUUGCAGUUAAGGCAAGGAUAACUGAUGCUGUAUCUGCUCAGAUGAAAAAAAGUAAUGCAUCAAUAGCUUUUAAUUAAAAUAUUACAUAAUUGAGGUUCCACAUCUUUACAAUGAGAAUAAAACAUAAUCAUUUGGUUUUCUAUUUACAGGAUUUUCCUCCAGUAGCAGUAGUUUUGUUUUGCUGGAAUUGGCAAGCACAGAUAACAUCACUUUCAUUCGGGCCAGGAAAUCUUGAGCUACGGAGUCAAAUGUGAUAUCAGGCAGGAAAACUGCCACGAAACAUUCACAGAUAGAGGCCCAUUUACUGAAUAGUGUCCGUAUUAUCUCAAACAGCAACUUAAAUCUGAUAUGUAAGAAUGUUCUUGGCCGUGGCUUAGACUGGUCUAGACCUCUGGUGCCUCACCGGAGGACAAGCGAUAUUACAACUGAAACAUACGAUGAACAUGCUAUAUACAGUAUAUAACACAGUUUGGGAAAUUAGGGGCCAGACAUCAAGACAUGAGCAGAUGCAUUCAGCAGACCCAGCUGGAUCUGUUUUAGCCAUUUCCUUUAUGGGUAAGUGUACCCAGAGAGAGCUGUUUAGUACCUCAGUGUGUGUAUGUUUAUCAGACGACAGCGCGGGGGCAGCUGAUGGGUGGACGGGUCAGCGUCUACAGAGCAGUCGCAUUUCUCUAAUUGGCACUUGUUAUAGCGAGAACGAGUCAGUGCAUUAUUGUUCAUGCUUGACGUAAUCCAUCAUAGCAUAGACACCCCUCCACGACAGUGUGAAAUUUGCUCUCAUUCACAGUUAUUUUGAUGGUGAAAUUCCUCCCUAAUGGCAUUAUUCAUAGAUUUCUAAUAUCUUAUUUUAGUGUUGAAACAGUGUUUUAAACAUGUGCUUUACAAAGGUCAUAUUUCUUUGACAAUGUGGUGUGUUUUCAUCGUAGAAGAAACCUGUUAAAUCAAUUGCCUCAGUUUAUGGAGUCUUUCAAGACCUGCUAGCUUUGCCUAAUAUUGUAAUGUUUCUUGAUAUAAUCUUGUACUCCUUCCAGCUGUUAUGAUAGCACUGAAUUUCCAAUUUUUUAUUGAACAUUUUGUAUUUGUAAUAAUAGAAAUGAUUGAGAAAAUGUUCUGGUGACUGACAUCAACAGUUGUUAGUGGAGGCAAGUCUAUUACGAGUUCCUAGAUCAUUAUGAAGACUCUCAACAUGAGUGACCCAGUGUGUAAUAAAGUAAACUGAAAUGGCAGACAUUAUUUCAGUCACAAAUUGUUUCAUUCUUUUGUUUCAACAAGUCUGAAAAUCAACAGCAGUUUGUUGUUGUUGUUUUUUCUCCCAAAGGGUGUGAUGUGUUAUCAGUUCUGUGAUAUGAUAUUAUUUUCUUUGAUUAAAAGACUUAUGCAAAAAUCCUCUCCGCACUGUCAGUUUUGGGGCAAUAAAACACAGCAUAUAAUGACAACACUAUAUAGUGGCUUAACAAGCAGGAGCAGGCACAAAGGAAAUGAGAUUUCAUCUGAAUCAAAUGAUCAAAUUAAAUGAGGGGAGAUGACACAAAACAUCACAUAACAGUAAGAUUGCACAGCCUCUAAGGGGCAUUUUCAUUUGGUAUACAACACACAAAAGAACAGAAUCAAAUUAAUAAAUAAUAGUUCAAAGGCUAUUUCUUUUGCUUAAAAAUGUGUUAUGGCUGAUCCCCAUUAAAUCUACCAUGAAUAAAGAGUGUGCACGCUACUGAAAGACUUAUGGCAUAGCAUGUGUAAAUGUACUGCUCCUAUUCCUUCUCAUUGCCUUUGAAAACAUUACACUGCUUCCCUGCCGUCACACCAGGAGUUUCCUCUUCAUGGUCAGUCUGUAAAUGAUUUGGUAGCCAUCGUCCCAGGCGUAGAGCUGUUUUUCCUCUGGGUUGUAUUUCAGACUGGCGUGGGCUCCGUACCUCCUGGGAAAGUAGAUCAGGGGAGCCUCCUCGCUGAUGACCAUGUCGUUGACGUCAAAAAGGCACUGGAUUCGAGACCGGCUGGCCAGGCGUGUGUUGUAAACGACAUAGACAGUCCCACAGACUACGAAAGCCGCCUCUGCGUUCUCCCUUGGGCACCGGGUGUCCCAGAUUUGUUCUAUAUCGAGUGAGUCGCGGUCCAUCUUCGCAAGGUGGAUGUUCGGUUCACUGUCGCUGGUUGCGUACAAUAGCCAGAGGCCUUCGUCAUCUGCUGCUAGAUCUGCAACAGUUUCUGGGUUGAGGUUGUAAACAGUAGCGUGGCUCUCCACGGGGAACAUGGCGGCGUCUGUCACCGAGCCACUCAGCAGGUCAUAUUUGAUCACCUGCAUGUCCGUAUCAUCCUCCUGCUGUAUGUAGUACAAAUAGCCGUCGUAGACGGUGCUGCCAGGACCUCUCCAAUCAGAGGGAAGCCUGAUCUGUCGGCUGCUGGUGACGCCAGGAGAGCGGGAAAAGUUUUGUACGGAGUUGAACUGGUCGAUGUUGUCCCCUGAUGUCCCGUUAAAGACAUAAACCUUGGACGACCUGGGGUCUCUGGUCCACAUGCCCUUGGGACUGCCCACUCUCUUUAGGAUCUUCACUGAUCUGAUGCCAGAGAUGAUUUCCACACAGUCUGCAAUGAGAGAAAACACAAAGACAAUAUUGUUGUGCUUAAAAGACUGUUUGCUGUAUUUGCUACGCCUAUCAAGCUUUCCAAUAUUCACAUAACUCACACAUAUGAGAAUAAUGAAUGAAAGCAAAUUAGCUGGUGGAAAAGCUGGUUGAAACCGCUGACUGACGUUUUUAAUGUAACUGUUAAUGGUCGUAAAUAUGCCAUUAAUAACUACAUACAUGAUAUUGUGCUGAAUGAAAUUGGUCUCAAGCUACAAUUGGAAAGUCAGACGGUUUUGUCAAACGGUCAGUUCAGAUCAAUACCCAGUGAUUUUGUUUCACAUUAAUGUCACAAAACGUGUCAAAUAACCAAAACAGUUUUUACUUUGGCGGAAACUUUUGUUCAUGUAGCACCACAUUGCUAAUAGUAAGAAGUGUUCGAGGUUAAAUGUAUGAGAUUGGGAGCAUUUCUAAUACCUCUCAACGGCUGUUUCCUGACGCGUCGACUCUCAGGAGUUUUGCAAAGGGUCACAAACAGUAUAGUCUCCUGGACGAAAGUCCUGUGUUUGUUUGACCCAUUCACCUCCCCUCUCAUAUACCCCGUGUGGCAUCUCGCUGUUCAUACUAGUAAGUUGCUCCGACUGUAUAAUUAUCACGUGGGUGGGUUUACAUUGGAGUAAGUUGAAAGCCCACCGCAUUGUAGAGACUGCAAUGCGUUGGCAUUAGACGCCAAGGGGCACUGACCGACCAACCGUUGGUAUUUGACAAGUUGGGAGUGAGACCGGGUCGUCUUUAUAUAGACAAUAUUGUUUGAAAAAAACGUAUUCUAGUGGGAGACUUCUGUCACAAUUAGCUCCACUAUGAAUCAACGUGCGAUGACACUUAGGUUGUAAACUCAUGUUGCCAAUCAAUAUCAAGUUCACAGUUAGUUCCAUUGGGAUAUUAGUGCCAUUCCUAAGAUGAAAUAUGUAUUUUGCAACCUACAGUAACAUUUGGAAAACAUCAAGCAGCCUGCAGCAGUCACUAUCUGGCUUUCCAAAUUAAGGCAAAAAAACAGUCAGGGGGAUAUUGGACACAGACUUAUGAGAGGAGGAAUGAGUGCAGCAUACAGACAGCAGGAAG